AGCCUCAGCAACCCUGCAGGCAAGAACUUCUUCUCCUGCUUAAUAAUAUGCAUAAAGUCAUAUUUUGAGAUUUUGGACUUUCUCACAUUCUGAGGUCCCACUGUACCUGACCCGUCAUUACCUGUGGGUGUUUGUCCCGUGAGCAGGGAGCAGACAGGUCGCGGCCUGGGCUGACGGACGACAAGUGAGCGCCAAGAGAACAGGAUAGCAGGAGAGGAGGGAGGACAAGGAAAGCAGCAGGAGAAGCUCACACAGCCGGGAGGAGUAGCAGGAGGAGUGCUGAGGUUCUGCAAAAGAUGAGUGCCUACACAGUGACUCUGAAUGGCCCCGCUCCGUGGGGCUUCAGACUACAGGGAGGAAAAGACUUCAACAUGCCCCUCACCAUCUCCAGGAUAACUCCAGGCACCAAAGCAGCAGGCGGCACCCUGGCUCAGGGUGACAUCAUCUCCGCCAUCGAUGGGGUCAGCACUGAGGGGAUGACACACCUGGAAGCACAGAAUAAGAUCAAGGCGGCCACCACGAGACUGUCACUCAACAUGCAGAAGUCAAGGCGCCCUGCACCAGUUCCCACAGCAACACCAAGAAUGGAGUCGCCCAUGCCAAUAAUCCCCCACCAGAAGGUUAUCGCAAACACGGCUGCAAAUGUGGAGUAUACACCCAGCUUCAACCCCAUUGCUCUAAAAGAUUCAGCCCUGUCUACCCACAAGCCCAUUGAGGUGAGGGGCCCGGGUGGGAAGGCCACCAUCGUCCACGCCCAGUAUAACACACCAAUCAGCAUGUACUCACAGGAUGCCAUCAUGGAUGCCAUUGCUGGGCAGUCACAGGCCAAAGGACACGACAGUGAGGAGGCGGGCUCUCCUUUGGCUGGAGUCCUGCCUAUUAAGGACCCUGUGGUAGACUGUGCGUCUCCGGUGUACCAGGCAGUGAUCCGGCCAGGCGAAGCUAAUCAGGAUAUGUCCGAAUGGGCCCGCCGUGCAGCCAACCUGCAGUCUAAAAGUUUCAGGAUCUUGGCCCACAUCACUGGCACUGAAUACCUGCAAGACCCAGAUGAAGAAGCACUGCAGAAGUCAAGAGAGAGGUUUGAGUCAGAGGUGAGAGGUCCCCGUUUUGCCAAGCUGAAGAACUGGCACCAUGGACUGUCUGCACAGAUUCUCAACGUCCAGGAGUAAAGAAGAGCAAGCCAGAGAGAAGGGGAGCACUAAAGGAAGACACUGACAGAAACACACGAGUACAGACAAGAGGGGAUAAAUAAUGGAAAAAUAGGAGGAGGAGGAGGAGGGAACUCCUCGGGAAUGUUAGAUAACGUUUGUAGCCUAGAUUAUUAGAAUGUGAGAUACGUGAGAAUGCUACGCGUUCAUAACCUUGUACCUGUCAAAUGUGUGUCUGCUGCUAUUUGCAUUUUCUUUCUUUCUUUCCAGUUUGUUUGGUUUCUGUCUCUCUUAAAUUAAAGAGAAACUGUACAAAAAAGGGAUUCAAGUGAAAA